GGUGUAAAUAGUCAUUUGUGCAUAUUGCACGUGCAGUCGUCUUUUGAGAGCAAAUUGCAUGUUUGUUUGGUAGUUGUGAAAGAAAUGAGUAUGAGUGAAAAGGUAUUAGUUAUUGGUAGUGGAGGAAGGGAACAUGCCCUAGCCUGGAAAUUAUCUCAGUCUAAAGAAGUUGGAGAAGUUUUAGUAGCACCUGGUAAUGCUGGUACCGGUGCAGAAGGAGAGAAAGUUAGAAAUAUUGUUUUAGAUGUAAAGAAGUUUGAAGAUGUAUCAACUUAUUGUACCAGUAAUAAGAUUGGUUUAGUUAUUGUUGGACCUGAAGAUCCGUUGGCUAAUGGUAUAGCUGAUCAUCUUAAUAGUAAAGAUAUUGCCUGUUUUGGACCAUCUCUGAAAGGAGCUGAAAUCGAAGCUAGUAAAGAUUUUGCUAAACAGUUUAUGAACCGCCAUGAAAUACCAACAGCAAGGUUUAAAUCGUUCACAGAAAUAGAGCCAGCUUGUAAACACAUUAAUGAAGCAGAUUAUAAAGCAUUGGUAGUUAAAGCUAGUGGUUUAGCUGCUGGUAAGGGAGUGAUUGUGGCAGAAACUAAAGAUGAGGCUUGUAAAGCUGUUAAAAACAUUUUAGAGGAUAAAGCAUUUGGUGCUGCUGGUGAUACAGUUGUUAUAGAAGAAUUACUGGAAGGAGAGGAAAUCUCUGUUUUGGCAUUCACAGAUGGGACAACAGUUGCUGUGAUGCCACCUGCUCAAGAUCAUAAACGAUUGGAAGAAGGUGAUAACGGUCCAAAUACAGGUGGAAUGGGAGCCUUUUGUCCAUAUAGUAAGGUAACUGAAGAGGUAUUAAAGAUGAUAAAAGAACAAAUAUUACAGAAAACGGUUGAUGGAAUGAGAAAAGAAGAAAGAAAAUAUGUUGGUGUACUAUACGCUGGUAUAAUGUUAACUAAGUCUGGACCUAAAGUUUUAGAAUUUAACUGCAGAUUUGGUGAUCCAGAAACUCAGUCAAUUCUAUCUCUGUUAAAAUCUGAUUUAUAUAAAGUAUGUAAGGCCUGUACAAAUGGUACUCUGUCAUCCAGUCUUCCAGACUUUGAUACACAACAUUCAUCAUUAGGUAUUGUGAUGGCUAGUGGUGGUUAUCCAGGCUCAUAUCAGAAAGGUGUAGAAAUAUUGGGAUUGGAUGAAGCAUGUAAACUAGGAGUAAAGGUCUUCCAUGCUGGCACGGCCAAAAAAGAUGAUAAAAUUGUAACAAGUGGGGGUCGUGUUUUAGUUGUUGUGGCAACAGAGACAGAUUUAUACCCAGCCUAUAAUAGAGCUUUACAGGGAGCUGGCAUGAUUAAAUUUGAUAAAGCUUUUUAUAGAAAGGAUAUUGGACAUAAUGUUCUCUCUGAUAAAAGUGGUCCAGAAGUUUCACAAAUAAUUAAUGGUAUGACCUAUAAAGAUGCUGGUGUUGAUAUUGAAAGUGGUAAUGAAUUGGUGGAAUCUAUUAAAUCAGUUGUCAAGGCAACCAAGAGACCUGGUUGUGAUGCUACACUAGGAAUGUUUGGUGCAAUAUUUGAUAUGAAGCAAGCUGGUUUUAAAGAUCCCCUCCUUGUAUCUGGUACCGAUGGUGUGGGAACAAAACUCAAGAUUGCUCAUAUUCUAGGACACCAUGAUACUAUUGGUAUAGAUUUAGUAGCUAUGUGUGUAAAUGAUAUAUUAGCACAUGGUGCUGAACCACUGUUUUUCUUGGAUUACUUUGCAACUGGUAAAUUGCAAGUGCCAACAGCAGCUGAUGUUAUUAAAGGUAUUGCUGAAGGCUGUAAGCAGGCUGGCUGUGCUCUUGUAGGAGGAGAAACAGCAGAGAUGCCAGGAUUGUAUCAGGGGGAAGAUUAUGAUUUAGCAGGAUUUGCCGUGGGUGCUGUUGAAAGGGAAGACGUACUUCCUAGAUUACAGGAUAUAAAACCAGGGGACAGUGUGAUUGGUCUAUGUUCUAGUGGUAUCCAUAGUAACGGUUUCAGUCUAGUUCGCCGUAUCAUAGAGAAGAAGGAACUGAGAUUUGAUAUGCCUUCACCGUUUAAAACUGGCAAAAGUUUAGGUGAGGAUUUAUUAACGCCAACUAGAAUCUAUGUUAAAAGUUUAUUACCUUUAAUUAAAGAAAAGAAGAUUAAAGCCUUUUCCCACAUAACAGGUGGUGGUUUAACAGAAAAUAUACCUAGAAUAUUACCAGAACAUGUAGCCGUUAGUCUGGAUGCUAAAUCAUGGUCAAUACCUUCUGUCUUUGGUUGGUUAGCAGAAAUUGGUCGUAUAUCAGAAAGUGAGAUGAGUAGAACGUAUAAUUGUGGUUUAGGUGGUGUUAUUAUUGUCAAUAGAAGUGAUGCUACUGAUGUUCUUAAUAAACUUAAAUCAGCUGGAGAAGAUGCUGCUAUCAUUGGAUCUGUUGAUAAAUAUACAGGUAAACAGAGAGUAAAAGUAAAGAAUUUAGAAGUAGCUUUAGUCCAAUCAUGGAGACAUGUUCCUGGUGUUAGUCGAAAAAAGAGAGUUGGUGUCCUCAUAUCUGGUUCAGGUACCAAUCUGCAAUCACUAAUAGACUAUACACGUGAUGCCAGUAAUAAUAGUUGUGCAGAGAUUGUGUUAGUUAUAUCAAAUAAAGAUGGUGUCCAAGGUUUACAAAGGGCUACAGCAGCUGGUAUCAACACAAAGGUUAUAAAUCAUAAAGAUUAUACAAGUCGUGAAGAAUUUGAUAAUGCUGUACAUCUAUCACUAGAAGCUGCUGGGGUAGAGAUUGUUUGUUUAGCUGGUUUUAUGAGAAUAUUAUCAGGUGAAUUUGUGAAGAAAUGGCGAGGUAGAAUGUUGAAUAUCCAUCCAUCAUUAUUACCAUCAUUUAAAGGUGGUAAUGCCCAUAAAUUAGUAUUAGAAGCUAAUGUCAGAAUAUCGGGUUGUACAGUUCAUUUCGUUGCUGAGGAAGUUGAUGCUGGAGCAAUCUUAAUUCAAGAAUCAGUACCCGUAUUUCCCAAUGAUACAGAAACAACUUUAUCUGAAAGAGUUAAAGUAGUGGAACACAAAGCCUUUCCUAAAGCUUUAGAACUCUUAGCUAGUGACAGUAUUGUGUUAAAGGAUGACGGAAAACUUGAAUGGAAACAUUUUUGAGCAGAUGUUAAAACUGGAUAAAUUGUCAAAGAAAUGACCUAAUUAGUUCAAAGGAACAUAUCUUUAAAGAAAUGCAACGAAAUAGAAUUUUACAAUCUGUUUUUACAAGCUCCAAACAUAUACAGUAUCGUAUCUUUAACCCUUUGCCACUUGGUACAUGUAAAUAAUGACUAACUCGGUUCGCUGAUAAGAUUAAGAGAAAAGUGAUGUAUUGUAGCUCAUAUUUCUAUGUUUUGUAGCUCAUUUCAAAAUGCUAAAAAAAAUUGCUUCAUAGACCUGAAACUGCCCGUCACAGAACUUAUAUAUGGUCUUUAGAUGAUUAACAUCUAUUCACGUUACUAAGGACCCUUGAUGCGAUAGAGGGAGCAGUAGUUUCGGGCAAUACAAGUGUUAAAGGGUUAAAACCUGAAACCAAAUAAAAUUCAAGUCUGCUAGAAGAGAUAAUUUAGCUGUCUACCCUUUCAUACACAUGGAGCAUUUUCACUCUCAAACUCGAUAGGCCAGUGACCUUACUUUUAGAUGAUUUAGCCUGGUAAACGUGCACAUAAUCUGAGGAUAGUGUUAGACUAUCAGGUUAUGGGAUAUUGUUAUUGAUGUGACUACAGGUCCUUGGUAUAUCUUUAAUUUUUAAUACAUCUAGGACAGGUGUGGCCAACCGUUUAUAUUCCAUGCCUUAAUUAGACUUGAUACUGUAGUGAUUUCAAUUGGUUUAGAUCAUUAUUAUGAUGAGUUGCAGUGUGCCAUGGCCACCCCUGGACCCGAGUUCACAAAACAUUCUCCGACUUUAGUUCAGAAUUUACUCAACUUUCACUCAUUGUUUAUUGGAAAUAUCUUUGAUCCAGAAACACAAAACUUUGCACACUGUUUCUUAUUGACGUAUUUGAUACAUUAAAACAGUAACAAAUUUUAUAAAGGGCUAUAAUUUUAGUUAAAAUAAGGUGAACAUUUUUGAGUAAAUUCUUAAGUUAUGUCUGAGAAUUUUUGUGAACUUGGGGCCUGGUUUAUUCUAUACAGCUUGUUUUCUUAAUGUUGACUAGUCGAUCAGUUCUUUAACUGGAUAUUUUUAAGGAUCAAAUUGCUAAGAUACCAGUCACAUUAACCUUAAACAAGGGCAUGGGUUAAGAUAACUUGAAACCAUUAGAAAAAAAAAAUCUGUGGACAGUCGUCACUACAUUUCCAGUUUAACAGUAUUUACUUCCAAAUUGAGAAGUUCAUCAAGAUUUUCCGGCGUGGUUCUCCCUUGUCAGUGAUGCAGGACGGAGGGGCUGACAAGGAAAGCUGUCUAGUCGUUCGGAUGGGACUAAAAAACCGAGGUCCCGUGUACACAUUGGCGUGCACGUAAAAGAUCCCUUGUCAGUUGUAAUUCGAUACAAGAGUAGGCCGUAGUGCCGCUGUCCGGGCAAAAUUUCCCUCAUAGCACACUGUAUGGCGUAUGUCCGUCUUCAUUAGCCCAGGUUAGGAGCAGAACAGUAGGACGUUAAACCCCAUUUCAUUUCAUUUCCAAAUUGAGAUUAUUUUUCGUCAACUUUAUUUUUAUUGUUGUACAGCUAUUUGAUAAAUUCCAAUUAAAAAAUAAGAUUUUAAUGAUUGGCAAGAAUAAUUUGCUGACAUGACAAAUUAUAAAAUAUGAUUUAAUGAUUAGAAAGAGCAUUUUGUUGACAGGACUUGUUGACAUGCCCAAUUAUAAAAUCUGAUUUAAUGAUUGGGAAGAAAUUGAAAAGUGGGGUGUAUGACCAAUUGGUUAACGCGUGCGCAUUGUAUCAUGAAGUUUGUCAUUAAGUCAACUGGCGUGGUGCCACACCUCAAAGCAUUUUUUUAAGUCUAAAGCUAUACAAUACUCAAAACUUUAAUCAAUUAAUAAAAUGUGUAAAUAAAAUAAAAUUAAAUAUUUAAGCAUUUUUGUAGAUAAAUAUUUGAUGAAAAUUUUGCUAAAUGAAAAAAUGUUUAUCAGUUUUGUUAUUUGUUACAUUUCUGUUAUCUUAAAGAAUGCCUUUCUUUUAUCUCUAAUAUACCUUUUAAAUAAAAAUGGUAUACAAAAUGACCAGUAAAUGUUAUUUUAACAGUAAUUAUUUUAUUGAUUAAACUGUUAUAUUAUUGACUUAUUGUUAAAAGUAAAAAAUCUUAUUGAUGAAAAUAAAAGUGUUUUAUUUUGUCAA